GAUGUAUACCUCAUUUUUGUGCAGUAAACAAUUCUUGCUCUCUCUCUCUAUCUCAGAAUAAAGACACCCUGUUUGACAGCAUUGUGAUUAUGCUGCUGUCGUACCAAAAAUCCCAAACAACUGUAAGCCGACACAUCUGUUCCCAUGCAACGGUUGACUGAGAUUCACGAGAUGCAUCGAGAAUUAGAAUUCAGUCCAGUGAUUAAAGCAAAAUGCAUACAACAGAAGUCCCACCACAUGACUGAAUGUUCUCCGAGGUAAUCCAAAGGCCCUAAUUGGCUUUAGGAUUACAACUUGCCCCGUGCUUUGAGACUCUCUUCAAGCUCUGACAUGGGAGAAACACAGAAGGCAACAAAUACGUCUGGCGCAGACAUGAAUGGAUACUGGAAAAUGACAAGCAAUGGAAACUUUGAUGAAUACAUGGAAGCAUUAGAUGUGAAUAUUGUCAUCAGGAAAAUUGCCAGCUAUCUUAUCUUUGAUAAGGAGAUUGUUCAGAACGGUGACCAUUUUAAUAUCAAGACUCUCACCACAUUUAGGAAUUACAACAUGGAGUUUGAUGUUGGAAAAGAGUUUGAGGAGGAUUUGACUGGCAUUGAUGACAGGAAAUGUAUGACAAUGGUAACCUGGGAGGGAGAUAAACUGGUAUGCGUGCAGAAGGGAGAGAAGGAAGGAAGGGGCUGGACCCAGUGGGUAAAAGGGGACGAGUUGCAUGUGGAGAUGCAAGCCUGUGGAGUGGUGUGUAAACAGGUUUACAAGAAACAAGUGGUCGACUGAAUGUGCCUUUGAAUUUGAAUCUUUAGUGAAGUACUUUGUUGUAUUUAUUUAUAUUAGUCAUUAUUGUUUUUAUUGUUUUCAUUUAAAGUGCAAAUGUUUCAUUAUUUAAAGGACACCUAUUAUGCCCAUUUUUACAAGAUGUAAUACAAAUCUCAGGUGUGCCCAGAAUGUGUCUGUGAAGUUUCAGCUUAAAAUAGCCCACAGAUCAUUUAUUAUAGCAUGUCCAAAAUGCCCCUAUUUGGAUGUGAGCAA